CUCUUUUCCUUUCCAUUUAAUAAAAUAGAAUACAAUGUCAGAUUCACUUUCACAUUUGUUAAAGGAACAUAACCAAAAAAGGGCACAAAAAAAGAAGCAAAAUGAACAAAUUAAAAAGAAUGCUAUUCAAACUACUCAUGAAUUAACAGACAUGUUAACAGAAUAUGUUAAUGAAGGGGUUUCAGAGAUAUUUUCCAAGCAAAAGCAAUUAGAGCAACAUUCAAAAAAAUUAGCUAAUCAGACAACGCGUUAUAUGAAUCAAACACAACAGUGGUUAAAAUUAGUUGAUGAUUUCAACAUGUCACUUAAAGAAUUGGGUGAUGUAAGAAAUUGGGCCGAGAUUAUGGAACAUGACAUGAAGACAAUCAUGACUACUUUGGAAUUUGUUCAUCAAGGUAUAAUAGCAUGAUAUAAUUCGAUGAUACAUUUUGAUUAAAUCAUUAUAGGUACAAUGGAUGAGUAAAUUAUAUACCCGUAUUAUGCAGCACUAGUUUGAAGAUUGUCACAUAUAUUUUUUAUUAUGUUUAGAAAUAAAAAUAAAAAAA